UUUACUGAUUUUCAUUCCAGUUAUUGCAACGAAUUCAAAAAUGUGCGAAGUAAUUGUAGGAGUUGCCAGAUUUCUUUUUUGGAUGUUCCACGCUUUUAUCUUUUAUGAGAUCAACCGAUUUUACCCAGAUCAUACACCAGAAACUGAACCGGGAUCUGUAACCGUAACAGCCCAUUCACCUGAAACGGAAGGAUCACCUAGACAUAACCAGGAAAUAACCGUAGUCUCUCAACCAGAAAGGCCAUCUGCUCUCGAUGGUCCUCCUUCAUGUAACGAUCCUGAACACACGAAACUCCAUCAUUCCACGGCGACCGAUAAUAGAAUCGAAGACUAUGUUGAAAUACUCGAAGAAGAACACCAAGAAAUGCGUAAAGAAAUUUACCAUUUUCAGCAGAAAUUUCAACAAUUAAGUUUUAUCAUGACGGGCUUGGAGGAGAUGCAGUACGAAAAUGAAGAACUCAAACAAGAAGUAGCUUCCAUGCGGACUAAUGUAUUUGAGCAGGAACAACAGCGUCGGCUCAUCGAGACUCAGCUUAGAAAUGAGGUUACUGACCUGCAAAGAAACUUAGAGGCCGCAAAGAAUGAAAAUAAAGACCUUCUCCAUAAACUUUCAGUAUUUGAACAAACUAGAAAUCAAAUUCUCGAAUCGAACCUGAAAACCGCCAAUGAGGUUCUCCAAAGCACGGCAGUUGGCAUUUCUCAGUUGCAAAACGAACUACCUGAGGCGCCAAAGAAUUAUCAUGGCAUAUCGAAAUCUUCACCCCGUGUCAAUAAAGGAACAACAGAGAGAGCAUCAUCUUUGCGCGCGACUGCCAUGAAAUGGCAAUUGGAUUGUCAAUCAAGUGAGUUCAACCUAAUUAAGGAGAAUGCAGAUUUAACGAAAAAACUGUCAACUUUGCAAGAAGAAUACCAAAACGAUCUUGCCUUAAAAACAGCCGAACUUCAUCGCGUCAGCAAAGAUAACCAUUCUCUGACAGUAACCCUUGAUUCAGCGAUCGAAACACUCAAUGCAAAACUGUAUCUUAUGGAUAACCUGAAAGCCGAGUUACACGAUUUGAAAACUAAGCAACAAGAAGAAUCUUCCGUCCGCGAGGAAAACGAAGAUCUUAAAGAGCAGGUUGCAUCUUUGAGGGAAACGGAAUUAAAGCUGAUGGAUGACAAAGAGAUUUUGAAAGCAAAGCUGAAUUCUUUGUAUUCAAAACAGCGCAACUUGAUGCAUGCAAAGGAAGUUGCCGAGCAGGCUGCAGAAGAAGAGAAAUCUUUGGUGGAAAAACACCUGUCAACCACAGCUUGGCUAAAAUCUGAUCUAGAAUCAGCCAACAUAAGACCAUACAUGACAAAAUACUUGAGAAUGAUCAACUACGUGAUGAGCUUGCAAAAUUCAAAGCGCUUAGCGCCGAAUUAG